CCACAGAAGAAGAGAAGAAGCGGCGCGCCCUCGGCUCGGAUUUGAAUCGGAGGAAAACAACUCACGCAUUUCCAGGAUGGCUCAGGGUCACAAGUUCCAGGACCUGGAGGAGAUGGGGGAGACUCUGCAGGCCUUCAUCGCCAGCAGCCAGGCGGAGAAACUGGUGCAGGUCGAGCGGGAACACCAGGCUCUGUUCGGUCAACAUGCAGAAUUGAGGAAGACUGUGGCACUGAUUUUAAAUGAUAUGGUUCAAAUUGAGGAGAGUAAAAGUCAGAGACUGCUGGACACGGAGGAGCAGAGGAACCACAAGGAGCAGGAGCUGAAUAACUUGGAGGAGCAGCUGAGGCAGUGCACGGCCAAGAGCCAAAUGACAGACUCGGAAAUACAAUUUCUGCAGAGAGAGCUGGAGAGUCUGAGGAACGCUGAGCAGGAGCUUCAGACUCUGCAGAUUGAGGUGGAUGAAGACACGAUGGAAAUCAUCCCAUCGUCAGUAUAUGUGGCUCAGCUGUACUACCUAAUAACAAAGAUCAAGUGGGAAUAUGACACACAACCCAACAUUUUAAAAGGAGUGCACUAUGGUGCGGACCUGGCCACCCCCAUCAACACUGACGUCUCCACCAGGUCUCGGAACGACGUGAGCGACCAGCUGUGGGGCUUCGUCAGCACCAAAUGGUAGCGGGCAGACACAUCCGGCCGUUUAAGAUGUUGUGUGUGUUAUUUUUGUUCUGUAUGUGUAUGUGCUCAUUUUUCUCUGUCAUGUACAAAAUUAAAAUGUAUAUAUUUUACAAGAAUAAAAAAUCUCAGAGCUUCA